GUAUUGACAUUCUUUAAAAUAUUUUUUAAUUUUGCUGUAUUUUCUCGCCGAAAUUUCACAGUCGAGUGACAAAAUACAAUAAUACAUCACGGGAUCUCAGCAUAUAGCAUUUAUUUUAACAUCGAUCGAGUUUGAUGUGAGAAUCUCUCUAGGGCUCUGAUUAUUACAAAAUAGCAUAAAUACAUUCGGCAUCUUUCCGACGAUCACUUGACAAGAUCGCUGAAGCAGCGUUUAAUACGGCAAGAAUGUCAGCUUUCGAGCUGGUUUCAAAACUUCUCGUUCUGGCUUUCGCCUUAGUUUCCGGCGAGCGUUUGAACGACUUUGUGUCUCAUUUUGAACCGCUAAACUACGAUAGAAAUUUGUUAGAAAACCGCCAUCAGAGAGUUCGUCGAUCGCUAAAUGAAGAUAGCACACUUCAUCUUGACUUUAAGGCACAUGGAAGGUCAUUUAAGUUAAGAUUAAAAAGGGAUACAACAGUAUUUGCUCCAAACUUGGAUGUUGAUCCAGAAUUUGAUCCGAACAAAGUGUAUAAAGGACAUGCAGAAGGCUACGAAAACUCUUUCGUCCAUGGAUUUGUUCAUGAUGGGAAAUUUGAGGGCAAGGUGAAACUAUCCGACAAGUUGGAAGAUGAAUUUCACAUUGAACCAAGCUCAGACCACUUCGACACCCAAAAGGAAUUCCAUUCAGUCAUUUACAAAGCUGAUGAUCUGGAAUAUCCAUAUCCAUAUGGGAAUGUGGAUCUGAAUGAAAAAACAAAAAGAUGGAUGGAGGAGGCUCGGCAAUUGUCUGAAGAUGUUCUUGAAAGCCCGAAGCAAGAUGGUCGUAACCGGUAUAGACGCAAUACUCCUGGUCAGGUGACUAAGCUCAUCUGCCAAAUUCAUUUGCGGGCUGAUCAUCUUUUCACAGAAAAAAGAGCUGGUCGCAGCAAAGAACGGGCACUCUUACUGAUGACAAAACAUGUCCAGGCUGUUCAUGAUAUUUAUAAGGAAACUAAGUUUAAAAUUAAUGGUGCUUCACAACUAGGAUAUGGGUUUGCAAUAAAAAAGAUGAGAGCAAAUGACACUAGUGAUAAAGAUAAAAAGGAUAAUCCCUACGGUCAAGAGUACAUCGGGGUGGAAAAGUUUCUGGAUAUUAUUUCACUUGAAACAACACAUAAGGAUAAGCAAUUCUGUUUGUCGCACGUGUUUACAUACCGUGAUUUUGAAGACGGUGUUCUUGGUUUAGCAUGGGUGGCUGAGCCUGAAGGGGCAGCCGGUGGAAUUUGUGAGACAUCAAAGAAAUUUCAAGGCGGUCAAAUUAAGACCUUAAACACAGGAGUUGUGACAUUCAUUAACUACAAGAAGCAAGUGCCUUCCCGCGUUUCUGAAGUCACAUUUGCUCAUGAGCUGGGUCAUAAUUUUGGAGCAAAGCACGAUCCCAGUAGCUGCAGUGGUGGAAGUGGUGGAAACUACAUCAUGUUUCCCAAAGCUACUUCAGGGACAGAGAGCAACAACAGGAAAUUUUCUGAGUGCAGCAGAGACUACAUCUCGGACGUGCUUCAAAAGAAAAGUGGUUGCUUUGAAGAGUCGGGUGCGGCAAUUUGUGGUAAUCAGGUAAUUGAAGGAGACGAAGAAUGCGACUGUGGUUUCAAGGAAGACUGUGUGGAUGAUAAAUGCUGUUAUGACGCUGACAGUGGCAUUAACGAGCGCUGCAGACUGAAGACGGGUGUAAAAUGCAGUCCAAGUCAAGGCCUAUGUUGUAACGGAACAACUUGUGAAUUUCAUAAUACCACAUUGCUAUGCGAGGAAGGCGAUUGUGUUAACAAUACCUAUUGCAACGGUACGAGUGCCGUGUGCCCCAAUCCUCUUCACAAGCCGGAUAAUGAAACAGAUUGCAACGAUGCAAAAGGGGUUUGCAUUGAUGGAGAGUGCAAAGGCUCGCGUUGCCUGAAAUUCGGUAAAAAAGAGUGCCAAUGCACAAAAACCGAUGACCAAUGCUUACUCUGUUGUAAAGAUAUAAAUGGCGCAUGCUCACCUAGACUGGGUCAAAGGUAUUGGUGGGCGGCCUUAUUGAUUGGUAUUGGUUUGAUCAUAUUCAUGGCUGGUUUUAUCCGUGUGUGUAGCGUGGCGACCCCGAGCAGUAACCCUAACAAACCCCCAGCCAAGACGAUGUCCCUUCGUCGUCGCCCUCGCGCCAAUCCUGGUUAUAGCAAUCAAGGGGAACCACCACCCGCUUAUGAUAUUGAAAUGCAGCGGGGAGGACGGAACCAAAGACCACAUCAAGGACGAAGAUAGAUUUGACACUUCGAUUUUGAAUUCUGUACAAAACUGGACUGCUGUAUGACCCGUUCACAAAUUCACAGCGACUACGACGUGCGAGAAAAUGCAUUACCCUGGGCUUUUGAGAAUGAGUUUUUUUAUUUAGUACUUCAAAGCAUUGACAAAAACGUUCUGGUAAUGGCGUCAGCAAACAGAAUAAAAUUUUGGCGGGAAAAUCACGAAGGGUUGUUUAUAUUUGAAAAAUGUCCACUCAGCAAAAUUCAAUUUGCCACUCUAGAAAUUUUUAGUACGAGCUAAUUCCAAUGAAUUCCAAUCGUUUGGUGAUUAGUUUAAUAGUUUUGGUAGUAAUUUUGACGCGUUUUGUUUUAUUAAUUUGUUCUCUAAACAGCAGUUCACUUUUUAACAUGUUCAGUAGAUUUUCAGUCUCCGUGGAUUUCACGGAAUUAUAUCAUCAGAAUAUAAAAAUGUAAAAAAUCUAAAGUGUAUAGCAUAAUAGCAGGACUUUAAUUAAUAUAAUGCAUAUGGUUUGUAAUUUUUAAAUAUUUUGAUCGAACUUGCAAUUUUCUAAUUUCUAGAAAUGUUGAACAGACUUUAUAUACGGUACAAAUACAGAAUACUUCUAACUAAGUGCAUG